GCCGUUCACAAAGGACGCUGGAGUCCAUAGAUAUCUGCGACUCUGCGUCUGUAUGAAGUUGAUAAAAGUUGCUUUUGGCACGAAACUGAAAAGUUUCUGUUAAAUUCCUCGCCCUACCUUGCUUCCUUCACUUCAAGCAUCGGAUUCUCUCUGUUUUCUUUGAGACAAAGUGGAACUUUCUCUUAUCAAGCAAUCAUUCUCCAUACAUUCUCACGAAUUUCGAAUUUCACUGAAUUUUCCCAUCUCUAUCAAUCGAUUCUGAGUUCUUUAUUGCUGGUUGCUUUCGCAUCUUGUGUUAGUUGGAAGCGAAGUUUUGGCUUUUAUAGGUAAUGAAGAGGGCGGUCGUGGUGUAGAGAAGUUAGGGUUUAUUUGAGCUGCGGAUUGAAGAUGAUGAUUCCAUGGGGUGGACUGAGCUGCUGCUUUAGUGCGGCUGCUCUAUAUUUGCUCGGCAGAAGUAGCGGCAGGGAUGCGGAUGUUCUUAGGUCUGUCACAAGAAUCAAUCAGUUGAAAGAAUUGGCACAGUUACUUGACAUUGAAAGCAAAGUUCUACCACUAGUUGUAGCAAUAUCUGGAAGGGUUGGCUCUGAGACACCAAUCAGUUGCGAGUAUAGCGGUUUGAGAGGAGUUAUAGUAGAAGAAACGGCAGAACAGCAUUUUCUGAAGCACAAUGACAAUGGUUCUUGGAUACAGGAUUCAGCCUUGAUGCUAUCCAUGAGUAAAGAGGUUCCUUGGUACCUGGAUGAUGGGACAGGUCGUGCAUAUGUAACGGGUGCCCGAGGCGCAUCCGGGUUUGUGUUGACUGUUGGAAGUGAAGUGUUUGAAGAGUCUGGACGCUCUCUUGUACGUGGGACAUUGGACUAUCUCCAAGGCCUCAAGAUGCUGGGUGUUAAACGAAUCGAGAGGGUGCUUCCAGUUGGCAGUUCUUUGACUGUGGUUGGUGAGGUUGUCAAGGAUGAUAUAGGAACAGUUCGUGUUCAGAGACCUCACAGGGGACCUUUUUAUGUAUCUCCCAAGACUCUUGAUCAGCUCAUAGGAAAUCUUGGGAAGUGGGCAAGGUGGUAUAAAUAUGCUUCUGUUGGUUUGUCAGUUUUUGGUAUCUUUCUGAUCACCAAGCAUGCUAUACAAUAUAUUAUGGAGAGAAGGCGCCGUUGGGAGUUGCGGAGAAGGGUUCUUGAAGCUGCUGCUAAGAGGUCAGGGCAGGAUGACGAAGGAUCAGAUGGAAAAGCUGAGGAGGGGUCAGGCAAUGCCAAGAGAGACCUCGCUAUUCCAGAUCUAUGUGUGAUCUGCCUGGAGCACGAGUAUGAUGCUGUUUUUGUCCCGUGUGGUCAUAUGUGCUGUUGUAUGACAUGCUCCUCUCAAUUGACUAACUGUCCUCUUUGUCGGAGACGGAUAGAGCAGGCAUUGAAGACUUUCCGCCAUUGAGGAUUGCUUCCAGCAUUUACAGCAAGUUUAAUAGGUCAGAAUACUCUCCAUCUGGAUCUCGAUAUCAUGUAAGAGUCCAAAAGCGUUGAAUCAUCUUCAUCUUGUAGUUCUUUUUUUUUUUAGUAAUUUUGUUGCCUCCCCCCCCCCCCCAAUCGUAUGCACUAUGGACGGUGUCAAUUCUUUUACGUCGAGGACCCCAAUAUUGUUGCCUGGAGGAUUAAUGUACGAAGGGUCAUUUUCUUUAAUUGUGAGUGAGAACGUUUAGUUAUCCUCGUAAAUUUGUACAACUCAAAUGAUUCAGUGGAUUGUUCUGCCAUCUUUGUAUAGUUAAGUGAAUAAUUGUACAGACAGAAA